AAAUGUCUCAGUACUUUGAGCUAUAAGAGAGAAAUAUUCGUAAAAUGAUGUGACCCACUGUUGUGAAAUCAAGCAACUUUCCAAAUUUAUAUGUAUUUAUAAUUCAAACUUUGUAAUCAAGUGCAAUGAUGUCACCCUGUUUGGAAACUCGGUCUUAUUAUGAUUCUUAUGUAAAGACUCAAUAAAGUUGGAUCUCCACAGGAGAUUUGGAGAGAAUUUAUGGAUGUGAUCAGCACGAAAGCAACUCUAAAUUUGAAGCUUAUAGUACAAAAUUCCGAGAAAUAAUAGAUAGCAGCGACACUGUAAUCAACACAUUGAAGUAGACAUAACGUAUGAUAAGUAUGAGUCAUUUGCUGAGCACUCGUGUUUUCGAACGCAUGGAAGUAAAGCCGCGCAUGGCAGGUGCACUGUUGCCAGAAUGGUAAAAACUCGGGAAAACCUGAGAAUUUUUAGGGGCACCCAAUUACCACAGUCAGACUUAAAAUUUAUUUAGAGAUUUAUGUCGUUUUUGACAUGUGGGUACUACCGAUGGAAUAAAUCCAACAAAACAACAAUACAGUUAAAAUUAUUUAUAUAACGUUUUGUAUUGGUGCGGAGUUGUAAGUCACGCGUAGUCGCACGUUUUCUGACGGUGCUGUAAACAAGCAACAGUCGGUGAGAAGCUUUGUGGAACGAAGUGUUCUGGUAGAAAAUGGGCAAAAAAAGUACAAACCCUUACGCCGCUUUAGAGCCUGGACUGUCUGCUGCCAACAAAAAAAUCCGACUGGACAAGCAAAUAAACCAUGACACGAAGACUUUGGUUGAAAAGAUCGUGAAAAAAAUAACCGCUGACAUGAAAAAACAAUCUUCAGUUUUUGCUAAAUUAUACGUGAGAACUUUUGGUGGUGGUAGCAGCUACGAAGGAUUAAAAACAGGACAAGAAGGAGAUUACGACAUCGACAUCCUCCUUAGAAUACCAGAAAUAACCAAACCAAAAUUACACGAAGACAAUAUCCCCGGUUAUGUCCAGUUACAGCUACUAAAUUUCCACAAGUUGGAACAAAAGGACCCGGAACUAUACAAAGCUAUGAACAACAAAUUUGUCGAUGAGAAGAAUUUUCUCUUAACCGAAGAACUCAAGUCGACAUUUAUGCAAAGCAUUUUUGACAAAACCCGAUCCAAGUACUUUCCGGGAGGAAUUGUCACAGUUAAAGGAAAUAAAUACGAAGUAUUUAGAAUUUCAAAAGUUCGAAAAGCAGGACCAGCUUUCACUCUUACAAUAAACGGUGUUAACACGAAAUUUUCUGUUGAAGUCGAUUUGGUUCCUUGUAUUUUGUUAAAUAAGAGCCACUGGCCACAAGGCGGUUUUAGAGCUAAUCCUUGUCCGAGACGUGGCGACUUUUUUCUAAUUCCAAAACAACCAAAACGGGAUCACCCUCAUUUGAACAGAUAUUUUAGAUUAUCUUUCCAAAUUCAGGAGAGAAUUAUCAUCAGUCACAGGUUCUGGAUGAAACCGACGAUUAGAAUAAUAAAGUGUAUUAAAAAACAUUUCAAUCAGGGCGUGUGUAGUUACGCCAUUAAGACACUCUGUAUGUGGGAAUUAUUCUAUGGUAAUCCAGAGCUCACUCAGGAAACUCCGGAUUUGUGGAAAAAAUCUUCCAGCGGUUGCUUCAUCCACAUGUUAGAAAGGUACCUUGAGUGCUUGACUAAAGAAACGAUUUCAUAUUUUUGGAAUAAAAAGUUGAACCUUUUGGAUAAUUUGAGCAAGGAACAAAUCAACACUUAUAGGAGACAAAUCGACGAAUUGCUUCAAAGCAUCAAACAAAAUCCAACUCAGUUCGCUAUUACCAACUACUUGACGUUUUAAUAUUUCAAAAUGUUUGUGCUUCAUGAUUGUAAUUUAGAAGUUGAAUUACAUAGAUACAUAGAAUAAAAUUUUAUUUUUUAUACUUCUAAUAAAUAUAAAUAAAAAUUACAAACAAAA